GGCUAGUUUACCACCCUGCGGCCUAACCCUCCGGUGACCAAAUUCCCCCACAAGCAAAGGCGGGAAAGACUAUGAGUCAAAAAAUUCUGAGACUUUACACACACACUCUUUCCUCCCAAGUGCUCUCGAUCCGUAAUCCCCAAAUUCUAGGGUUUAAUUUCAGGAGUCAAGAACACUUUGGUACAUAAAAACAAGCUAGUGAACAACAAUGACCAAGGCUAAAUCCGAGACCGAGUCACAACCGCUCAUUUCUCGACUCGGCAACCGACUCAGUACUUAUAAAACUUGCCCCGGCAAAGAGCCUCUCGUCGAAUUGCUUGAACAAGCUGGGAGUGCUUUGGGAGGGUUAAAACAAAGGGAAUCAGAGAACCAAGUCGUCGUGAGGCCUUUCAGGGAUUUUCUCAUCAAAUAUAAACUUUUUCAGCACAAGGAUAAAGAUAUUAGGCUUUUGGUGGCAACCUGCGUCUGCGAAAUCAUACGAGCCGAGGCACCCGAUCCUAGUUUUACUGAUGAAGUUCUCAGGGAUAUCUUUACACUUCUAUUGAGCAUUUUUGGAGAAACUGUUGAUAUCACAAGCCCAUAUUUCUCAAGGAGAGUGAAGUUGUUGGAUACAGUUGCCAAACUCAAGUUCUGUGUGCUAAUGCUGGAUAGUGGAUGUGAAGAUUUGGUUCUCGAAAUGUUCAAGAUCUUUUUUGGUGUAGCAAGAGAGCAGCAUCCUCAAUGUGUCAUAAAUGCAAUGGCGUUCAUAGUGACACACAUUCUAGAUGAAAAAUUAGAGGAAGAAGAUCACGAGCCACUGGUUUUUCAGGAGAAAGUUUCUGAACCACUGUUGGAUGUUAUUUUCCAAAAUCUUGUCAGAGAACCAAAGGAUGCAGCUGUUGGCUCUGAGCGACUUGCGGUUUCUGUUAUUCAGAACUGUACUGAGAAGUUUAAACGCUACAUUUGCACAUUUUUUAGAUCAUGUAUUUUAAAUCCAGAUAUUAUUGAAAGUAAAACCAAAGAAUCCUACCAUGAAAUCAUUUAUGAAAUCUUCCGGAUUGCUCCUCAGAUGCUUCUCUCAGUCAUCCCGAGCUUCAGUCACGAGUUGCUAACUGAUCAGGUUGAUGUCCGUAUAAAAGCUCUUAAUUUAUUAAAAAAACUCUUUUCUUUGCCCGGACACAGAAAUGGUCGAGAGUAUUAUAGCAUUUUUGCAGAAUUCAUAACUAGAUUUUCUGAUAAGUCCUCCGAAGUAAGAUUAUGUGCUCUUUCAUGUGCAAAAGCCUUUUGCAUGAGCGAUUUGUCUGGGACAGAGUCGGUUGAAGUUUUCACGGCAAUACAGAGUCGGCUAUUGGAUUUUGAUGAUAGGGUUCGAACUCAAGCAGUAACCUUGCUGUGUGAUCUAGGAAGAUCCAAAAUAAACUCGAUUUCCGGUGAGGUAAUUUGCCUUGUUGCAGAAAGACUUCGUGAUAAAAAGGUGUCCGUUAGAAAGAAAGCUUUGCAAAAGUUGCUGGAACUUUAUCGUGAUUAUUGUACCAAAUGUGCGGAAGAUAUGGCGGUUAUCAGUGACCACUUUGAGCAAAUACCUGGCAAAAUCUUAAUGCUUUUAUUUGAUAAGGAGUUCAGGCUUCAAAGCUUAGAGCAUGUGUUAGCAGUGGAAUUAUUUCCUGAUUCACUUUCAGUGGAGGACAAAAUGAGGCACUGGAUCUAUUUGUGCUCGUUUUUUACACCACUUCACCUAAAGGCAUUGAACAUUAUUCUCUCACAGAAAAGAAGGUUGCGGGAUGCAUUGCAGUCUUUCUUGUACCUAUGGAGCCGAGAAAAGGAUAUAAACUAUGAAGAGAUAGAGCGGAAAACAAAAGCUUUGGUUCUUAAGAUAUCAGCUUACUUUCCAAAUCCUGAAGAAGCAAAAGAUUUGCUCUAUAAGCUGACAGAAUUAAAAGAUGAUGAUAUUUUCAGAAUGCUGAGGGAGUUGCUGUUAAAUGUUCAAGAUGCUCAUUCUGUCAGAGAUCACCUUUUGAUAAAGGUUGGUAGUCAUAGUCAUUUUUUCGAGUUCCUGAAAUUGCUUUCCGCGAAGUGCAUGUUGAACAUAUUUAGCUCGCGCCACAUUCGCUGCAUUCUUGAUCAGCUUACAGUUGGUGAUUGUGUUGGCUAUAAACAUUUGAAGGAUUCUUCUGUGCGACUUCUUCUGACUGUUCUUGGUGCUUUUCCAAUGCUUUUGCAAAGUUCUGAGAAAAGGUUCCUAGAGUUAUUGGCCAAGGACAUCAUCCCUUUCAAUGAACAAGUUAUUCACGUAAUGACAAAAGAUGGAUCCAAUUUAUGCAUUGAGCUAAGUGAUGUAUAUGCUUUGUUGGAGAAAGUGUGCUUGGAAGGGACUCGUGCACAUGCUAAACUUGCUGUGAUUGCAAUAAAGGCUUUAAGUGGUUCCCGGGAGAAAGUUAUUUUUUCCAAGUUGUGCAAGAUCCUUCUGGAUUCUCUGCGUCAUAGCAAGAACGUGCCUACCGUGUUGCAGUCUCUGGGAUGUAUAGCCCAACAAUCUCCAUCUGCACUUGAAGCGCAUGAAGCAGAUAUCACUAGUUACAUUCUUGAAGAAGUAUUUACCUUAGCCAAGGUGGACAAGUCAAAUAAACUAAAUUCAAAUUGUGAAACUUCUCAAUGUUGCAAAUCUUGCAUGCUGCAGAUAUAUGGUCUAAAAGCACUGGUAAAGAGUUUUUUGCCUACUGGUCAUUCUCCUGGUGAUCAGAACUUCAAUUAUUUGCUCAGUGUUAUCACAAAAAUGCUUCAGACGGGAUGUGUCUCUGAUGUUACAGAUCCAUGCCAUUCUGACAUGGGCAGUAUCCAAUUAGCCGCAGCAAAAUCUGUUCUUUUGCUUUCAAGAAAAUGGGAUCUGCAUAUUUCACCUCUAAUCUUCCGCAUGACCAUGUUGGUAGCUACGGACAAUAGUCUGUUGCUGCGUAGGCUUUUUGUCAACAAAGUACAGAAGCUUCUAAAGGAGCAUGCAGUGCCUAGUAGAUAUGCCUGUGCAUUUUCCUUUGCUUCAUCAGAUGCAGAUAAAACUCUGUAUGAUGAUUCACUGAAGUAUAUGGGAGAAUACAUAAAAUUAAACGCCAAAAGAGCUGGACUUGACGAAAGCGCUCCAUUGUCAAGAUGUCUCUUAAAACAUCCUGUCUACGUGAUUGUCUUCUUGAUCCAUCUUCUUGCACAUGAUAGUGGUUUUCCUCCCAUGGAUUGCCUCGAUGCAGAAAUGUACCAAAAACCUGUGAGUAUACUGCAUUUCUGCAUACGAGCAUUAUUAAACAUUCAUUUCUACGAUAAAGAUUCUGAAGUUGAAAAGACUGCUUUUUACUUGCGGAGUAUCUUUAUCGCAAUUAAACGAGCUGAAGAUGCUGUUGAUGCUCAAAAGACUCCAAAGCUGCAUUUUUUAGCAGACAUGGGGAUCUCUUUAUUGCACCAUGCAGGCGGAAAAGUCCCCAAAGCUGACAAUCCUGAACUUAUUUUGCUGCCAUCAUCACUCUACAAAUUGAGCCUUCCCGGGAGCAGAGAGGGUUAUUCCACCUUUUCCUCUCACAAUGAAAGUGGUGCAACUUUAAUCGAGAAAUUAACUGGAAUGAUUGGAAGUAGGACCUCUCAGGAUUCUUCAACCACGGAGAAACGUGGUAAAAUCAUUAGCAAGGAGGAUUUCUUGAUUACUGAAACCAAUUGUAUGAAUGAAAUUGCAUCAAGAGCUAAAAUAAUAGAACGAAGCAACAAACCAUGUUCUUACCAGAAGCAACUGCAUGAAGCAUCACCUCUGGGAACUGAAGCUGAUGGAAAAUCUUUGGCCGUCUCUUUUCCACCUCCUAAAACUUUUGAGAACAGUGAGUUCUUAAUUGGAGAUGAAGAUAUUGAAAAUUUUGAAGCUGUCAGUAAUGAACAAUUUCCAUCUUCUCACAACUCAGUGGCCACAAAAUGCACAUUAGUCCAGAAGGAUGUCCUAUGUGGCCAUUCAACAGAGAUGGACAUGCUUGCAAGAUGCAACAGUAGGCCUGGUAAAUCCAAAUUGGAAACAGCCAAUUAUUAUAAACUGAGAAACUCAAAGGAAAUUAAAGACAAGGUUGAUAGACUAGAUGUGGAGCAUUUAGAACCUGUAACUACAAAUAAAAGCCAUGCGGAGCAGAGUUGUGUUAGCAAUCAAAUGGAAACCUCGAAUUUGUUAUUGCAUGACUACAAUACAAAAUCAAUAAAGACGAACAAGUUCUGCAGCAAUCGAAUCCCUCUACGUGAAAAUGUGGAGAGGGUGCAAAAAUCAAAAAGUGCAGCCCGGACAGCAAAUGAGAAAGAAAAUAUUGGUCGAACGACUCGGAGGAGAUUAAUCUAACCUAAAAGUGUCCAUUUUCCUGCAUAUUUGUUGGGGAGUAUUAAUGACACCAUAUUUCUUGUACUGGCACCUCCUUUGUGCCUAUCAGCUUGUUACGAAUUACAGCAACAAUGUAAAUUUGAAAGAAUUAUAUCUAUUAGAUAUGGUUUUAAAAGUUUGUUAAUCAUCACUCCAAAUUUAAAAUUUAAUCAUCGGGGUCUAAGAAUGGAAAUUGAUAUUUCAUUGUAAAUAAAAACUC